GAUAUUGUUGCAGUGAAGGCGGGAGGAUGAGAAGCAGAACUUUACAGAAGUGUUGCUAGCAUUUCGAGCGGGUAAACAAAAACAACAGGGAUACCAAGGCGUAACGUUGACGAUAGAUUCCUCCAGGAGUUAGUAAAUAUAAUCUCAGUAGCAUUUCCGAAACAACUUUUCCUGGGUAAACUGUUAGCUUCGCGUUAGCUUUGAAGCCCACUCCGGGAGUAAUGUGUCAAAGUUGCUAAGCUAAUGUACAUUUUGUAACGUCAACAUCCCUAGCUUAAGUUAGCUAAGUUGUACUGGUUCAGUGGUAUGGCUACAAGAAAACCUAAGGAAGAUGAUGCCAGCCUUCCUUUUGCUGCACUUCAGCUCCUGGCCCCGCCUGUCCGCCUGGUGUCUGCAGCCCUGUGGAAAGUGAUGAAGCAGAAGGAUGUGAUGCAGUAUGGGGUUGUGGAGGAAUUCGUAACCUCAGCCUGUGAGACUGUCCCCGGGCUGCUCACUGUGAGACACCAGGCAAAGCUGGCACUGGGGCUGAGAGGGCGGUUAAUCCUGGAGCUGUGCUCUACGCAGCCGGAGAAGAAGGUGAUAAUGCCGCACCUGGAAAGGAUCCGUGCUCCUGCUGCUCUGUCACCCUCCUCUGCUUCUACGCGGAAGAGGGAUUCAAAAAUCUUGAGUACAGUGGAAGGUUUCCAUUCAUUGGUUCACACACUGCUAACAGACUCAACAAGGAGAGGCCAGUUCUUCAAGGAGGAGUUUCCUGUGGAUUAUGGUCCAAAGUAUGACCAGGAACUGGAGAAGCUCCUGUGGGAGUUUUUGAUCCGACUGGACCAGUUGCUCCCAGUUCCCAGCCUAGCUCAGACUGUGUCGUGGCUCAGUGAUACCCCCUCUGUCCUGGAGCAGUGUGCACGGGCAGCCACCCAACCCCAGCUCCUGAAGACACUGCUUCAACAUCAAACCUGCCUGGGUCAUCUGGAGACUGCAGCAUCCCUCCCUCCAAACAUGGGAGACUCAAUCCUGGCUUCACUUUCUCUGCCACCCUCUGGAAAAGUGCCUUCAAAUCAACCCACAGGAGCCAAAAGGUCUGCUACGGACCAGUCUGAUGGCACACAGACGAGAGACAAAACGCCAUUUAUUACGCCUGUUAUCGGACUAAUCUCUAAUGAAGACAUACCAGUUAUGCUCAGGAAACAUAGUCGUGUCGAGCCAGAGGCAACAGACGAGCACUUGCACCCAAAAGAAACCGUGAAAUUCACUGUGGUUAAACAAAGACCAACACCCAAAGACCAUGGAGUGAAAAAGGAUGAAGAACGAGAGGAGGAGGAGGAGGAGGAGUCGAAGAGAAGCUGUGGAAUGAAACGCAAGCAACCUGACGAAAGAGAAAGUGAAUCCGAUGAGGAGGAAGAAAUGUUACACAUGACCAUAUCUGGGAAUAAGAGGAUAAGCAGGAAUUUGAGAAAUGGAGCGAGCGUGCUCGGGGCGGAGAGAGAUGACCAGAGGGCAAAUGAGAGCGGAGAAGACGGAGCUGUAAGAAAGGAGGAGCGUAACGGAGCGGCGCUCGAGACCUGUAUGAUCCAGCUGGGUGUCAAAACACUGUGCCUGCCCAAAGAUCCAUCCCUCUGCUCAAUUUUUAUCUCUUGUCUGAGGAGCCAACCCAGAGUUAUUAUCGAAAAACUGUCGGUGACUCCUACUUGUGGUAACGGCACUGAUGGAGGAGGAACAUCUUUGUAUACGAAGCUGCAGAAUCAGAGGAGAGCGUCGCCAGUAAAAGCUCCAACACGUAGAAACAACCAACCUCAAAAGCUGGAUUCUCCUGGCCUGGACGAUAAAGAGAAUCAUCCUGUGUUGCCGAGUAUAAGCAGCUCUCUCUCUCAGCAACGGAGUAACACAGGGACGUCGGCCCGUCCAGGAGACGCCGAAGACUACGUAGCUGAUUCUGAGGACGAGGCGACCAAGAACUUCAAAGUCAGGCUGUUUACGAAGCGCUACUACAAGACCAAACACGGCACCUACGUUCCCACUCUGAGGGAGUACUGGAAGCCCGGGAUGACACGGCGGCACUUGUCGUCUCCUGGCAGCAAACGCAGAUGAUGAAAUGGAUUUUCCCCUGCCGAAUGUGGUGGUCACGUUACAACGGCUACAUUGACAGAAAACGCACCGACCGCUCGUUAUCCUUCUCUUGGUUUACGGCUUCACUGUAGUCGAAUCAGAUUUUAAUUUCAAUCGGUGACACGUUCAUUACGGAAAACAAACCCCCGGAAUGGCUUCAUCGUUUGAUUAUGGGCGCUAUCAUGCAAAGCAAACUUUGUGUUACGUUUGUAAAUUGUUAAUAAAGACGAGGACAUAUCUGGAAUGUCAUUCAUAAAUAUUUUUACCCCACGAUGUUAUAUGCUAAUGUUUUUGUUGAAGUCAUGUUUUGCAUGAGGAAUGUUUCAGUCACUGACUGUUGGACUCAGAUAAUAGAGGAUGAAGUCUCUUGAACUGCUCCUGCCUUUUCCUAUCAUUGCAUGAUCUUGCUUUUAAAGAAUUCCACCUUAUUUAAUAUUUCUCAUACUCUUGUUUUAAAUGCUUGUUUUGUUUUCGCUUGUAAAGCACUUUGAGCUGCAUUUUAUGUUAUUAAAGGUGCUAGAGAAAUAAAGUUGAUUUAUUUAAGGACUUAAACAUCAACCAGGAGCCUUGACUGAAGAUCACAGAUCACAAUUUAUUUAGAAAGUCAUCUUAU